CUCUUGUUCGGAUCAACAGCCUUAAGGGCGACCAGCAGACCUUAUGUUCAAGCACACACGACAGUAACCAUCGUUCCUUAGUCAUCAGCCUGAUUCGGCCCCUUCCUCGAGCGUUGCGGCCUAUAUCAGAAAUUCGGUCCGCUCGCCCUCUCCAGAUUCGCUCCACAGUCGAAUGUGCCAGCUGCAGCACCACCCUUCCACCCUCGCCGCCGCUCCUUAAUCCCGUCAUACACCAACACUCCUGCGAUCGAGUCGCCGAAUAAUAAUUCCGUUCCAACCAUCGCUAUAAUCAUACCCACACACCUUCUCGCGAAUGGUGGUCCCACCAAGCAGCGGAGGAGCUGCUGCUGCCUCUUCAGCAAGUCGCCCAGCUGCUGCCCACAACAAUGCUGGCCCUUCGAAGGCCAAGUCGGCCGCCCAUACGCCCAGUGUGACAGUCGGUAACGCGCCGAUGCCACUGAGUGCCAGACGCUCUGAACCCCUGGACUUAAAUACCGUAGAGCGGAGAGGACAACCAAAUGCUGCGCCGGAGAUCACAAAGAGGAACAGACUGCAUGGCAUCCUCGAAGGUCCUACCUUCAGACCUACUGAGGAGGAAUUUCGUGAUCCCAUGGCAUACAUGCGCAAAAUUGAGCCCGAAGGUCGUAAAUAUGGAAUCGCAAAGAUCAUCCCUCCUGAUGGCUGGCAGAUGCCUUUCGCCAUCGACACAUCAAAGUUCCAUUUCCGUGUGAGACGUCAAGAGUUAAAUUCUGUCGAAGGAGGAACACGAGCAAAUCUGAAUUACCUGGACCAGCUCUCGAAAUUUCACAGGCAACACGGCACUAACCUCAAUCGUUUUCCCAGUGUGGAUAAGCGACCGCUCGAUCUCUACAAACUCAAAAAGGCUGUUGAGGCCAGAGGAGGAUUCGAAAGAGUUUGCAAGCAGAAGAAAUGGGCUGAGAUUGGUCGCGACCUGGGAUACAGUGGCAAGAUCAUGUCUAGCCUCUCGACAUCUCUCAAGAACUCGUAUCAGAAAUGGCUUCAGCCGUACGAGGACUAUCUACGUGUCGCAAAGCCUGGUGUCCAACAUCAACUGGAGCUGGAAAACGGAGGCCCUUUCACCCCUUCUCCGGGUACUUCGCCACUUAAGAUUUCGCAAAAUAACACCCCGAACGGCGAAACCACUCCGGCUAUGCGUGCAUCUGCCUUGUUGAAUGCAUCCCUAGAUGCAGGAGCUCCUGUGGUGCAGCAAACGCCAGUCAAGCCAACACCCCCAGCGCCAGCUCCGGCUCCGGCUCCUAUUCAAGGCUUUACUCCAGUCAAUGGAGGAUUCACCUCAGUCAACCGUCCUUCGGGCUUCACUCCCGUAAAUGGACCGAAUGGCAUCCACGCGACACCCGAGAAUCCGCGUUCAAUACCCAAAAUCAACAUGGAUAGCCCUCGGCUUCUUGAAACCAACACUCCAACUCUGGAGCCAACCAAUUCUGCGAAACGUCCAUUGGGUGAUGGUGCAGAUAAGGAUACGAACGGAGAUGUAGACGGCUCUGGCCGACGCAGCAAACGAAUCAAGAGAGAGCCAGCUCCAACAGUAGCGGGCUCGCACAUGCACCAACCUAGGACGUCGACGCCGAGAUUUGUUCCAGCCCGGGAACGUAGCAACUUUCCUCCCGGAGAGGCUUGCGAAACUUGCGCAAAGCCGGAAGACCCAGGAUUGCUUCUGAUUUGCGACAGCUGUGAUUGUGGUUAUCACGGCGCUUGUCUUGAGCCUCCCGUGAAGAUGUCACAACCGGAGAACGAUUGGCAUUGCCCUCGUUGUCUUGUCGGAACAGGAGAAUUUGGUUUCGAAGAAGGCGAGGUAUACUCGCUUCGCGCAUUCCAAGAGAGAGCAAACAGAUUCAAGGAGAAUCAUUUCGCGGAGAAAAUGCCAUUCGAUCCAAUCCUCAACAAGAGAAGGGCUGUCAAUGAGGACGAUGUCGAGCGCGAGUUCUGGAGGCUUGUUGAGAACAUUACCGAAACAGUCGAAGUCGAAUAUGGUGCUGAUAUUCAUUCAACUACCCAUGGAAGUGGUUUCCCAACGAUCGAGAAACAACCCCGCGAUGCAUAUUCGACGGAUCCCUGGAAUCUGAACGUCCUUCCUCUAUACGGCGAAUCAUUGUUCAAGCACAUCAAGACGGACAUCUCGGGAAUGACAGUACCUUGGCUCUACGUCGGCAUGGUAUUUUCUACGUUUUGCUGGCACAAUGAGGACCACUAUGCGUACUCGGCCAACUACCAACACUUUGGAGCGACCAAGACGUGGUAUGGUGUGCCUGGAGAAGACGCUGAGAAGUUCGAAAACGCCAUGCGUGAAGCUGUGCCGGAACUGUUUGAGACGCAGCCAGAUCUUCUGUUCCAGCUGGUCACUUUGAUGCCCCCAGAGAAGCUGCAGAAGGCAGGCGUGCGUGUAUAUGCUAUUGAUCAGCGUGCAGGCCAAAUGGUCGUCACAUUCCCUCAAGCAUACCACGCUGGCUUCAACCACGGCUUCAACCUCAAUGAAGCUGUCAAUUUCGCACCUGUUGAUUGGGAGCCCUUCGGAGAAAGCGGCGUGCAAAGACUUCGUGAUUACCGUCGACAGCCGUGUUUCUCUCAUGAUGAGCUGUUGUUGACAGCCGCUUCUCGCGAUCAAUCGAUCAAUACCGCCAAAUGGCUUGCUCCGGCGCUUGAGAGAUUGCUUGAAAAGGAGCUCGCCGCCCGCAAGCAUUUCCUCGAACAGCCCGAUAACUCCGAGCCAACUGACGACACAUAUCAGGGUGACAGGUAUACGAACAAGCCGGAAGUUUUCACGGAAGAUAUGGACGAAGAAGAAUAUGUCUGCAGCUUCUGCAAGUGCUACAGCUUCCUCUCACGAUAUGUGUGUCAGAAGUCAGGUAAAGUCAUGUGUCUGCUACAUGCAGGUGCAUACGAAUGCUGUGACUCGAAAGAAUCGGAUCGAUACUCGAGCUCAGCUCAUGACCAUAUCCUCUCUCUUCGUAUGACCGACAAGGAGCUGAAGUCGAUGGUGCAAAAGGUCGUGGAUCGAGCUAAGCUUCCCGAGGCUUGGGCGCAGAAGGUUGAUGAUUAUCUUGGUCAAGAGCCUCGUCCGUCACUCAAGAUCUUGCGUUCUUUGCUCAAUGAAGGUGAGCGCAUCCCCUUCGACAUCCCACAGCUCGCAGAUCUCAAGCGCUAUGUUGAGCGUUGCAAUGAAUGGGUGGAAGAGGCCACCAUCUACAUCACUCGCAAGCAGCAGAACAGAGCUAAGGGAAAGGCUUCUCGUAAGAAAUCCGCAGUCGCUGAGACGGAGGACCGCGACAAGGAGCUCCGUAACUUCGAAAACAUGCAAAAGCUGCUCGCUACAGCCGAUGAGAUCCAUUUCGAUUGCCCAGAGUACAAAACUCUGCGUGAGAGAGAGACCGACAUCAACGACUUCAAAGCCAAAGCCGUUGCUAUCUGCAUGGGUCAGUCACACCACCCACGAUCCACACAAGAGAUUGAGGAGGUGUUCGAAGUCGGGAAGGGCCUUAAUAUCGACCUUCCCGAGCUCGAGAACCUGGAGAAGCUGCUGAACCAUGUCAAAUGGCUUGAUGAAGCUCACACUCGUCGCGUCCAAUUCCAAACGCUCCAGGAUGUUGAUGUCUUCAUAACCCGUGGUCUAGAGAUCGGUAUUGCCGAGACGAAUCCGCAUAUCGUCCGUUUGCGUGAAUCCAAAGUCCAAGGUGAGCUUUGGGAGACCAAGGCUAAGGAGAUUAUGGCUGUUGAGAACGUUCAUUACCAACAACUGGAUGCUCUUUCCAAACAGGCAGCUGGUUUGCCUGUCACUGCAGAGACUCUUGCCAGGGUCGAUGCGAUACUCAAGAAACAGCGCGAGGCUCAAGAAAAAAUCCUUGCACUCUACCAACAAAGCAAGAGCCCCGACUUCAGAUCACGACCAAUGUACAAAGACGUCAGGGAUGUCAUGGCAGCUCUCGAAGAACUGAACAGCAAACCUGCUGGUACAGUCGACCUCGAGAAGGAGCAGCGCCGCCACGAAGACUGGAUGCGUCGUGGAAAGAAGCUGUUCGGCAAAGCCAAUGCGCCACUACAUAUUCUGCACCAGCACAUGAAUUUGGUGAAAGAGCGAAACGAUGCAUGCUUCGAGCUCCGCGAUAAGCCUAGAAUGCCUGUCGAGCCUUCCUCGAGGGAACAUACUCCGGAGGCAGACGGUAAGAACAGCUUCCCGGAUGUCUUCUGUCUUUGCCGUAGACCAGAAGCUGGUAUGAUGAUUGAGUGUGAGCUUUGUCAUGAAUGGUACCACGGAAAGUGCUUGAAGAUCGCUCGUGGAAAGGUCAAGGAAGACGACAAGUACACUUGCCCUAUCUGCGACUGGCGUUUGAAGAUUCCUAGAGAUGCUGCUCGCCCAAAGCUCGAGGAACUCAUUUCUUGGCAAGACGAGUUGGAAAGCCUGCCUUUCCAGCCCGAAGAAGAGGACACUCUCACAAGCAUCAUCGAGACUGCCCAAGCCUUCAGAGAUUACAUCAGACCUUAUGUCAACCCUCUGACAGUCUCUCCGGACGAGGUGACUACGCUUCGCUUCUACCUCCGAAAGGUCGAAGGCGCCGAUAUUCUCCUUGCUUACGAGACCAACUUCCUGCGUCAAGAACUUCACAAGUCGGCACCUGUAGCCCCUGAGGCUCCACCAGUCAUUGACUCCUCCGCGUCCACUCGCAAGCCUCGCCCAACAAAGCAACAGAAGCUCAUGGCGUCGCUUGGAAUCACCAACCCUGAUGAUCUUCCACCUCAGUACAAGAUCAAGCCUCAUAAGCGCAAGGGCAGUGAAGCACAUCACAAGCCACCUCAGCCCUUGCAACCUGCUGGCUCCCCCGCCGCUCACACGCCGUCUAGCAUAUCGACAGCGACGCCUGGUCCUCCUAGCAGCAGACCAAGUUACGUUCAGCACACGCCGUCGUUCAGCUACCCAUCUCAGAGUCAACCUAUGGCUACUUCGGGUUUCCGUGAUUCCCCGUUGUUUGCACCCUCGUCGUUCGGAUUGCCACCACUUCGUACUCCGACCGAGCCUUCUCAUACUGUCAAUCCAGCACAGUUCGCUUCGCACAGCUUCACAUCUCGCACAUCUACGCCACCCCAGCCAAACUUCUCAAUACCACCGCCACCAGAACAUCCUCCGAUGUUCAGCACAGGCAUGAAUCUUGACCCUGCACUCUUCACCGCAGGUGGAGCGAUGUUCGACAAACGACCAAGCUCGUCUGGAAGUCCUAGACUGGUGCAUCCCGAGGCAAGUCCGGUCUUCAGUAGUCCGCGCACGAGUGAGAAGCAUGCCAACCUCGACUCCAUCUUUGCGGAUAUGGUCCAUAACGACGACGACCAUGCGACUCUGGGUCAUGAAGGCGAGAAUCAGUUGGCUGGCGAGGCCUUUGCUGCCGGUGGACACGACCAGGAUCAUCCAGAUGAAGCACACAUGGAUGAGUUUGUGAACAACGAGUAGCAUUACGAUCAUGAUGCUCACCAAUGGUCUCAAACUCGAUAACGGCGUCUCUCUUUUCUUUCUUCUUUAUCUUUCUAUUCUCCGCAAUGGUGGCAUAUCGCUAUUGGUUGUAUCUCUUAUUUUUGUGGUUUGCUCAAAAAGGAGUUUAAUGGAUCCUGGGAGGAAGUCACAGGCUUGGAGGAUGGCUCUCAUCAUGUGGGUUUGGUUGUACGAUAACCUGCCGUUAUUGCUUCGAUUGUUUGUCUUUUUACUUUGCUAGCUUACUUCUCUAUUCUGUCUGAGGACCGAUAGAUGUUGCUCUACAAUUGCACGAGACCUUUGAUCUCAUACCGUUAGCCCCCU